UGUAAUUCUAUGUAGACUGUUUUUUAAUUACUUUCCAUCCACCGCGAAAGGAAGAAGCUUUUGAUUCUCUGAAGCUUCAAGGCAGAGCUCUCGAAUCAAGCCUUCCUCAAUUCUCAUCUCUAUCUGUUGCAUGAAAGGUUUUCUAUAGCCAUGAAUUGGAUACAAAGGAAGAUCUACCUUUAUAAUGUCACAUUUGGGUUGUACAUGUUGGAUUGGUGGGAGCGUAUCCUCUUCAAUACAAUGGUGGUUGUGCUGAUGUGGUUCAUGUUUUACAAUGGGUCACGAUACGUGAAUGAUAUGUGCAAGAGGUAUCUGUGGCAAGCCAAGGCGUAGGAGAAGUCAAUUUGGAUGCAAUUUUGCAUUCUUAUCAAUCUUGUAAAGAGAUGUCAUGUACUUUGAGAAUGGUGUAGUUUUCCCUUUUUGCUUUUAGAUGAGCUUCUCUGUUUCUUGAAUUUAUAGAACAAACUUUGUAUUACACUUAAGAUCUGUAUUGAAACUGAUUUUCAUAUUCAAAUGAAAUGCUCUGAUGAGUUAUUAGAGUGUAAA